AUGUCAGACGACGAGGGUCGUCUUUUAAUAGACGACAUCCAGGAUGGGUCUGGAUCGAUGGAUCAUGAUUUUUCGUCGAAUACUCUAGUUGACGCUAAAUCUGCUCAAGACUCGCCACUCGUUCUAGGCGAUGCUGAAAACACCGCCAUAAACAAGCUGUCGACACCUUUGACUGUUCCUGUGUUCGGGCAGCCGCAAGUUACUUCUAGCGGAGAUGUCCAUUUUCACGCUGGAAGUGUUGCUCAAAGGAUAGAGACUAACACAUUUCCCUUCGCUAGUAACUUUACAAAGAUUCUCGGCGAGCAGGAGUCUCCAGCAGCUUUGAACAGUUCACCUUCAAAACACAAGUCAAAAGGACGAGGUGAUGCUUUACCGCCUAGGAAGAGGAAGGACAGCUCUUUUGAUGAGCAGAACCUUCCCGAGUCAGAUUCAGACGAGACGGUGACGAAAAAAUCAAGACCGCAAACUCGUGAUCGUGGAACGUGUGUGCAUUCUCGUGCUGUGCAGAGCGACACAGAUACAUCGUUCUUUGACUUGGAGGUUGGAUCUACUCGACUUGUGGAGAUGACAGUCAUGUGUAAAAUGGAAAAUAACGAGUUGUAUGUCACUGUGAAGUGGAAGGAUCAAGAGAUGAGCGGUGUGCUCACUGAUGGUAGAUCUCCUGCCUACAAUCCAUACAUGAAAAAGAGACAGGCACUAGUAACCAGUGGCUCAAAUAGUUCUAACAACAGCGCCUCUAGCGAGGGAAAUGAACGAGCCUCAAACAGCGGUGCAAGUACUCCAUCCAAACACCGACAGCAACCUACAACUCCUCGUGACACCAAGAAGAGAAGCAUGCCUUCUGACGCAAAAAGAAAGCUAUCUUGUAUACCAUUGCGUCCUGGAGUUUCAGCGGAACCGCAAGAUGAUGACGAGGACUUGGACGUAGAAUCUUGUGUAGGAGGAUCUUCAUCCAACACUGAUACCUUCAAACUUUUUGAAGUUCCUGGACGGAAGUCUAUGCAUAUCUGUCCGUUUGAAGGCUGCCAACAUCGAUAUUCACGCGGCGAAGAAAUGGAAUAUCAUAAGGCCACUGCACAUGCAAAGAGAGCUGUCAUGUAUGAAGCUAUUUGUUGUCAGACUGAUAUAUCUGCCUUACGGAGACGUUCUGUUCAAACCGAUGUUGAGGGUCUUAUACCCGAAGAACCUCCUUGCCCGUCGACAGUAAUUGAUGUCGCGACAAUGGAAAGCACGACCUCGGCCUUAUCUACAGCUGAGAUGAAAGUUGAAGAUCCUCAGCCAUCAAAGUCUCCGGCAGGAUACUCAGAUAUCUCUGACGAUGGCGUUGCUCCUCAGCUACAAAAGGAAGAACCCACUAAUGAUGUCCAUGCACCUCUCCUAAUUUCGACCACUCUCCCUACCACCACAACAUCAGAACCUGCAAACGUUCUCACAUCACCUGAAUUUGCUCCUAGCCCCAAAGAAAGGGAUAUUGCCCCAGAAUCAGUACCAUCUACUCCACAACAAUCUAAGACUUCUCGUCCUUCUUCCAUGCCAGUAGCACCUGCCACUCCAACUGCACCGCAGUCAUGUUUUCAACCGGUGUCAGUUGAUCGCAACCGAAGUACUGUGAAUGGUACUGGAGUAAGCCCUGUAAUGAAUUGCGUUGGCACACCAACUCCUAUUUCGGCAAUAUCGGCGUCUACUCGCUUGCCAGUGACUCCAGCUCCCACUGGGGUGUACAUGUCUUCAUUUGCUCACCAAAUGAUGUCGCCUUUCACUCCUACUCAAUUCGGAGCUGCUCCAACGGCAAAUCCGGUGCCAUCGCCUCAGCAACAGUCAUUGAGCAAACUUGCUCAGUCUCAUUUGAAGCCAGAUGAUGUUACAUCGCCAAGCGGUGUGCUAUCGAGUGCAAAAACUAUGCAAUCUCCGGCAGCGCAGAACAUGCAGCGGCAAUUUGGAUUACAAUUGAUGCAGUCGGGAACAGGACAACAUCAAGCCGCAAUGAUGCAAGCUGCUGCCGCGCAAACCCAAAUGGCUCAAAUGGCUCAGAUGCACCAUCUUUACAUGCAACAAAUGGCCGCUGGUGCUAGAGGUGCGCAGUUUCCCGUAAGUGAUUUAAAGUAA